AUGGGGCCCGAGGGGCUCGAGAAGCCCGAGAUCCCAGAUAAAUCCGAGAAAAAAUCUCGUCGACGUGGGGCCGAACUCGAUCCAUUCCUUCGCACCCGGCUCUGUGUGCUCAGAACCACAGCCAAAUGGACCUACAAACAGAUCCAGAAUGAAUACCCACAUAUUCCCCUCUCAACCAUCAAAUCAACCAUUCUCCGAGAGAGUAAUCGUGUCAAUAAUCACUCACAAGCCCGCUCUGGCCGACCGUCAAAACUGAAGGAGGAAGAUCGAGCCCGAAUCCGUGAGGCCUUCCAUGCGAAUCCUCAAGUUACAUACGAUGAACUACUUGUGGUGGUUGAUUAUAAAGUUGGCAAGGAGUCGCUUCGUCGGUUCUUGAAUGAUGAUGGGCUGAGGAAGACUCAGACACCUGGUCGGUCUUCCUUGGCUGGGAAAGGAGCUAUCAAACAAGUUGAUGGGACUCAACAUGUUCAGUCAUAUGACACACCUCCCGCUGGCUGGGCUGGUGAUUUUGGGUCUGGUCUAGUACACAGCGAGUCAGAUCUUGCGUCUGCUACAGCGAGUCAUGUUGUCGGCAAUUAG